AUGGAGUACCUUCAUCUCUUCCUCCUCUUCCUCACCUGCAACCUUCCUCCACCUGUACCUGGACCUCCUGCACGCCUGCGCACGCUCGCGAGCUUCAGAAAGGCAGAAUCACUGAUAAUGAAUUUGACCCUCUUGUGUGUGUUACAGAUUCUUCAGCUGUGCUUUUCCAUGUCGUCAGUCUCAGCUUCAUCUACUGGUGGCCUCAAUCAUGAUUACGUGAUCGUGACCCCGGUGGAGGUCGACUCUCUCGGAGGCUACGUCACCCACAACCUGGCGAGGUCCGGCCGCCGAAGCCGGAGGUCCGCGGGAGGAAACGCAGCUCACUCCGGCGUGCACUACAGUCUCUCUGCUUUCGGGAAGAACCUGCACCUGGAGCUGCAGCCUGCCGCCGUGAUCGCCGACGGGUUCACCGUGCAGACGCUCGGCCCAGACGGCGUCCGGGCGACGGAGGUGGGUCCAGACGUCCGGGACUGUCUGUAUCAGGGCAGCGUGAGGAACCACUCGUCGUCUUCGGCUGCCAUGUCCACCUGCUCGGGUUUGUCGGGUCUAAUCCGGAUGUCGGACGAGGAGUUCUUCAUCACCCCUCUGCCCCGGCAUUUGGCCGUGGAGCACAACAUCAGCGCCCCCGCCGGACACCACCCGCACGUUAUUUACAAACGCUCGGCCGAGCGCCGGGUCCACGGAGACGGAUCGCACGGGUCAGACGGGCAUCACUCGUAUCACCACGGUCAUCACCGGAAGCAGCACUUCUGUGGACGCCGCAAGCAAUAUGCCCCCAAGCCCCCCGCCGAGGAUCGCUUCAUCAUGCCCGACGAGUUCGAGACGCCAGGCCGGACGAAGCGUUCCCCGAUCCCGUCCAACAACGUGGGCGCUCUGAACGUGGAGACUCUGGUGGUGGCGGACAGGAAGAUGGUGGAGAAACACGGCAGGGAGAACGUCACCACCUACAUCCUCACCAUAAUGAACAUGGUCUCCAGUUUGUUUAAAGAUGGCACCAUCGGAACCGACAUCAACAUCGUGGUCGUCAGCCUGCUCCUCUUAGAGCAUGAUCCACUGGGUCUCUCCAUCAGUCACCAUGCGGAUCAGUCUCUGAACAGUUUCUGUCAGUGGCAGUCGGGGCUGAUGGGUAAGAACGGUAAACGACACGAUCACGCCGUUCUGCUCACCGGACUGGACAUCUGCUCGUGGAAGAACGAGCCGUGCGAUACGCUGGGUUUUGCCCCCAUCAGCGGGAUGUGCAGUAAAUAUCGAAGCUGCACUAUAAACGAAGACACGGGACUGGGCCUCGCCUUCACCAUCGCUCACGAGUCUGGCCACAAUUUUGGAAUGAUCCACGAUGGAGAAGGGAACCCCUGCAGAAAGGCGGAGGGGAACAUCAUGUCUCCGACCCUGGCGGGGAACAACGGUGUGUUUUCCUGGUCGGCCUGCAGUCGUCAGUACCUCAACCGCUUCCUGGGCACGACUCAGGCCUCGUGUUUGGUGGAUGAGCCGAAGCUAAUUGGUCAGUACAAAUACCCGGAGCAGCUACCCGGUCAGAUCUACGAUGCCGACACGCAGUGCAAGUGGCAGUUCGGCUUCAAGGCCAAGACCUGCAGGCUGGAGUUUGUCAAGGACAUCUGCAAGUCACUGUGGUGCCACAGGUCAGGACAUCGAUGUGAGACCAAGUUCAUGCCAGCCGCCGAGGGUACAAAGUGUGGGCCAGACAUGUGGUGUCGGAAGGGUCAGUGCGUGAAGUUCGGGGAUCACGGGCCGCUGGCUGUUCACGGUCAGUGGUCGAGCUGGUCUGAUUGGUCCGACUGUUCGAGAAGCUGUGGAGGCGGGGUCAUGUACCGUGAACGAUCCUGUAACAGUCCCAGGCCGCAGCACAGUGGAAGAUUCUGCCAGGGUUCGAGUCGACUGUACCAGCUGUGUAACACCGGGCCAUGCCAGCGAGACGCCAUGGAUUUCCGAGCUGAGCAGUGUGCCGAGUACAACAGCAGGCCGUUCCGAGGCUGGUACUAUAAGUGGAAACCCUACACCAAAGUCGAAGAUGAGGAUCUUUGCAAGCUGUACUGCAUCGCCGAGGAUUUCGAUUUCUUUUUCGCCAUGUCCAGCAAGGUGAAGGAUGGGACGUCGUGCUCCGAUCACACACCGGACGUGUGUAUCGACGGGAUAUGUCAGUCAGUGGGAUGUGAUCACGUUUUGGGUUCCAGCGCUGCUCUGGAUGCGUGUGGCGUGUGUUUAGGUGAUAACUCCACCUGCACAGUGUACAGCGGCCAGUACUCCUCACAGCACCCUGUUAACGAUUAUUACCAAGUGGUGACGGUUCCCGCCGGCGCUCGAAGCGUCCACGUACGGGAGAUGGAAACCUCCAGCAGUUACCUGGCCGUUCGAGGUCCGAAACAGGGCUCGUAUUUUCUGACUGCUGAUUGGACAGUGGACUGGCCGGGGAAAUUCCAAUUUGCCGGGACUACUUUUACCUACCGGCGCUCGAUUCAUCAGCCCGAGAGCCUGUUCGCCACGGGACCCACCAAUCAAACCCUCGUCUUUGAAAUCCUCCUGCAGGGGAAGAACCCGGGCGUGUUUUGGGAGUACUCCCUUCCUCUGGAGGAAAAGAAACACAACUACACGUGGAGCGUGAUCCGCUCGGACUGCUCCGCCUCGUGUGCGGGAGGUCGUGUGUCGGUGAAAGCGGUGUGUAUACAGGAUAAACUCUCUCAGGUCAACGCCUCACUGUGCGACACUCGCACCAAACCCGUGCUGGCAUCUCAAAUCUGCAACACUCGGCCCUGCCCAGCCCAUUGGUCUGUAGGUAAAUGGGGCGUGUGCAGCACAUCGUGCGGAGGAGGGCAGCAAAGUCGCAACGUCCACUGUUCACGAAAGGUGAUGUACCAGCGGGAGGAGCUGGCGCUGUCCUCGCUGUGCCCUGUACCUGCCCCGGCUCAGACACAGCCCUGCAAUACACACUCCUGUCCACCAGAGUGGGGUACAGGCUCCUGGUCUCAGUGCUCUAAGACGUGUGGGCGUGGCGUGAGGGUUCGCAGCGUGUUCUGCCACAGUCCGGAUCGUAUGUCCGGCCCGGCGGUCCUGCCCGACGGUACGUGUGAGCUCCAGCUGAAACCUAAAGCUCAGGAGAGCUGUGUGAUCAGUCGCUGUCCCAAAAACGAGAGGCUGCAGUGGAUCAGCACGGCGUGGGGAGAGUGCUCAGUCUCAUGUGGUGGAGGAGUGAUGAGGAGAGAUCUGCGCUGUGGAGAGAGAGACUCUAACGGAGGAUUUACCGAAGUCCCUGUCAGAAGGUGCAGAAAUCUACGGAAGCCUCACACUGACCUCCAGCAGGUCUGUAACAAGGACCGGUGUCCUGAAGUCCAACCACCAGUCCUUCCACCCAGCCCGGGCAGGACGGGCAGCGCCAUGGUGCUCGGCUGGUACUCCUCACCCUGGCAGCAGUGUUCAGUCUCGUGUGGAGGAGGCGUGCAGACGCGUACAGUUCAGUGUCUCAGGCACGGCCGGCCUGCAUCGGGAUGCCCACCGCACCAAAGACCCCUCAGCUCCAGAGCGUGCAACACAAACUUCUGCCCUCCUCCGGGCCCGGCGCCACGAGCCACGCUCAGAGGUGAGCAGUCCUGCGUGGAUCGUUUCUCCUGGUGCCAGCUGGUUCCGCAGCACGGCGUCUGUAACCAUCGCUUCUACGGCGAGCAGUGCUGCAAGUCAUGUUCCGCCAACAAGCUCUCGUAGCCCGAGGACCCCCCGUUUCUCACGGGCGCCCCCCUCGGCCUCGGACCGAACCGGAGUAAAAGUGACACUACAGGAACCCAAACUGGAUUUGGGAAAGAAAGGGAGGGGGUGUUGGAGCUUUAAAAGAGGCGCUCCCGGAACUCAAAACGGCGAGGACGUUUUUGUGGAACGCUCGACCGGAGGAAAACAUGGUGGAGAGACGAUGUGCAGGUCUGGAACUGGAAUCGGGGUUCUGCUCCACCACUGGAAAGAAGUGGGAAUUCAAAGAGGGACAAUUUUAAAAGAAAUUCUUCUUUAUUGUUUUAGCUUUUCUCGGAGGUUCUCGUCACCACAGUCUAAGCUAAACGGAGCUGGAAUGUUUAAUAGUGCGUUAACGUUUGAGGAGCCUGGUUCCUGCUCUCUAUUAGGAUUAAUAUCGGGCUGUGUGAGUGCUGGAUGGGAUUUGACGGUCUGUAAUCUGACCUGUUGCUGUAUUUUUUGUUCGUGCAGUGAAGUAUGGUGAUACGGUGAUA